CUUCCACGUCAACCCAUUUAGUAGUUUGAGAAAUCGGAACUUCUUAUGAUUUUAGAUUAGAAAAAUAUACUUUGUAAAUUUAUUUUUCGAUGGCGCUUGCUGCAGUCUGUGGUGGUCAGUCCUCCUCUGAGCAUUUUGGACAGCUUUUCUCUGGGAAACAGGCGCGUCUCUUCGACAGACCAAACCACUUCAGCUUUGGAACCAAAAUCCAAGAAUUUGCGGUUCCUGUUGGCAACGAGCCUUCAGGCUUCCUCAGGUCCUGUAACCGUGAGGAAGGCGUGCGCAUCGACCUGAACCAUGGAACCACCACGCUGGCCUUCAAGUUCAGACACGGAGUGAUCGUGGCUGUGGACUCCAGAGCUUCAGCUGGAAACUACUUAGCAUCCAAUGAUGUCAACAAGGUGAUAGAGAUCAACCCGUACCUGCUGGGUACCAUGUCAGGCAGUGCUGCAGACUGUCAGUACUGGGAGAGACUCCUCGCCAAAGAAUGCCGACUGUACAGACUGAGGAACAACCACCGCAUUUCUGUGGCUGCUGCCUCCAAGCUGCUGUGCAACAUGAUGCUGGGUUACAGAGGGAUGGGCCUCUCUGUGGGGAGCAUGAUCUGUGGAUGGGACAAAGAGGGUCCUGGUCUGUACUAUGUGGAUGAUAAUGGAACCCGCCUGUCUGGUCGUAUGUUUUCCACUGGCUGUGGGAACAGCUAUGCGUAUGGAGUGGUGGACAGCGGUUAUAAAGAGGACAUGACCGUGGAGGAGGCGUAUGAGCUCGGCUGUCGAGGCAUCGCUCACGCCACACACAGAGAUGCGUACUCAGGAGGAUCAGUAAACAUGUACCACAUGAGGGAAGAUGGCUGGAUAAAGGUGUGUAAAGAAGACGUAUCUGAGCUGAUCCAUCGCUACAGAGAGGGAAUGUUCUGAGACUGACCUCUGAGUCCAGAAUAAGUCACCGUGGUCAACU